AAAACCCCAAAGACUGUAAAAUCGUGUUUUAAAAAAUAAAUUGCAAAGGCCCAUUUUCAUCCUUCAGUACUGUCUCGUUACCAGAGGGCCACGCCCCCAGAAUGACUCCUGGGGGAAUGACUAACAGCCAGAAAGAUGCUUACACGAGUUUACUAAAUAACAUAUGCUGAGAAGCUGGAGCAAGGCUCACGGAUUUGGGCUGGUCAAAUGCAUGGACUGUCACCUUGCUUCAGCCCCUGACCAUCAGGUAACUUCCAACAAUGUUGGUGGUUCUUUUUUUUUUUCUUCUCAGAUUAUCUGAAGAUGCUCUUUGCUUGUUACCUUUGGGAGUAAUCAUAACCAAAAAGAGAGGUGUUGGCUGUGAGGUCUGGGGUAUAGGUGGCCUCUCUUUCCAAUCUUCACUAAGCAACAUUCUUGGCAAUAUCCACGAGCAUCGUAGUGAAUGGACAUAGGUGCUCUGAGUCUUGGAGACACCACAGCUAAACCCUUCAGCACAUGCUUCCCCUUGGGACCUCUCCCCCUCCUUGUAGGAUGGACAAGGAGUUGCCAGAUGGGCUGCUCUUCAAAGACCACGACUUCUCCUCUGACUUAUUGAGGCAGCUCAAUGGCUUGAGGCAAAACAGGAUGCUGACUGAUGUGAGCCUUUGUACCGGGACCUGCGAGGUCCCCUGCCACCGAAGUGUGCUGGCCUCCAGCAGCCCCUACUUCCGGGCCAUGUUCUGCAGCAACUUCCGGGAGAGAAGCGAGGCCAAAGUCCAGCUGAAAGGCAUCGACUCUGCGACUCUGGAGCAGAUCAUCUCGUAUGUGUACACUGGGGAGGUGCACAUCACGGCUGAGGAUGCCCUGCCUUUGAUGGAGGCAGCCUCCAUGCUGCAGUACCCCAAGCUGCUGGAGGCCUGCUCCUCCUACCUCCAGAGCCAGCUGACCCCCAACAACUGCCUGGGCAUGAUGCGACUGUCUGAAAUCUUAAGUUGUGAGACCCUCAAGAAGAAAGCCAGGGAGGUGGCCCUGACGUGCUUCACAGAGGUGGCUGCCUCGGCUGACCUGAAGGAGCUCUGUGCCUUGGAAUUGAGAGACUACCUGGGGGAUGAUGGGCUCUGUGGGGAGGAGGAGAAGGUGUUCGAGGCCCUCAUGGUUUGGAUCAAGCAUGACCUCCAGGCCCGGAAGCGACACUUGCAGGAGCUGUUCAAGCAGGUCAGGCUUCAGUACAUCCACCCGGCCUUCUUCCACCACUUCAUCGCCAAUGAUGCCCUCCUGCAGUCUUCGCCCUCGUGCCAGACCAUCCUGGAGACGGCCAAGAGGCAGAUGUUUGCCACGUACAGCACCACCAGCGCCCCAGACCUCCAUCCUCCAUGGCAUGUCCCCCCAAGAACCUCUUACCAAGAUUUCCUCAUUCUCUUGGGUGGGAGGAAGGACAACCAGCAGACCACCAGGGAUGUUCUGCUGUACAACAGACAGACCAACCAGUGGCAGAACCUUGCCAAACUCCCGAACCGGCUCUACAAGGCCUCAGCCAUCACCUUGCACCGGAGCAUCUAUGUGCUGGGAGGCAUGGCUGUCGGGGCAGGGAAGAACGUGCCCAGCCACAACGUCUACAUCUACUCCCUGAAGCUUAACCAGUGGAGGCUGGGACAGCCCAUGCUGGUGGCCCGCUACUCCCACAGAAGCACUGCCCAUAAGAACUUCAUCUUCUCCAUUGGGGGCAUUGGAGAAGGGCAGGAGGUCAUGGGCUCCAUGGAGAGAUACAACAGCAUCUUCAACAUCUGGGAGAGUAUGGCCAGCAUGCCAGUGGGGGUUCUCCACCCUGCGGUUGCUGUGAAAGACCAAAGACUCUACCUCUUUGGGGGAGAGGACAUCAUGCAGAAUCCCGUACGCCUUAUCCAGGUUUAUCACAUUUCCAGAAACACAUGGUUCAAAAUGGAGACGAGAAUGAUCAAGAAUGUGUGCGCCCCUGCAGUGGUGCUUGGGGAGCGGAUUGUUAUCGUAGGAGGUUACACAAGGAGGAUUCUUGCUUAUGACCCUCAGUCCAACAAAUUUGUCAAGUGUGCGGACAUGAAAGACCGGAGGAUGCACCACGGGGCCACGGUGAUGGGGAACAAGCUCUAUGUGACGGGCGGGCGGCGGCUGACCACGGACUGCAGCAUCGAGGACUUGGCCUCCUUUGACUGCUACGACCCCGAGACAGACACCUGGACAUCCCAGGGACAGCUGCCUCACAAACUCUUUGACCACGCCUUCCUCACUCUCCAGUGCAUACCCCACACCCCCACCUUCCCAUGAAGUUGUCGAGAAACCAUGGGUCUUAGUCAAGAUGCUUUCUGUUGUAAGAGAUAGAAACCCAACUCAAAAAGAGCAUAACCCCAAAAGGAUGCAGGGAGUGCCCACAGGACCAAAAGUUCCAGAGCCUGGAGGCCUGGAACCAGGCAUAUUGUUGACAGACCGCCCUGUAUCUCUCUGGCUCUCCACACUUCCACCCUGUCUCCCUCUGUCUCUCCCCUCCUCCCCCCACUUACCCUCCUUCUCUACCUCAUCUCUGUUAGACUUCAUGCUACAAACAAGCUUCUUUAUCCACAAAGUAUGAAGACAAUGGCAACUGAUAAACUCAGACUCAACGUUUUCUGAAGUUGCAUCUUCAAGACAGAACUUCACCAUUAUCUAUAUAUUAACCCUGAAAAUAAUCCUAAUUGGCCAUUUCUUAAUUCCAUGCCUUCCUCUUGAGCCAAUCACUAUUUCCGGGGCUUGAGCUACUACAACUGUGUAAUCCCGGAGCACGUCCCUACAGGAAGAGGUCAGGUUGACUAUUAUCAUUGACAGCUCAUCCAAACUGCACAUCAUGAGAUAGAAGCAGUUUCCCAAAGAAAAGAACUGCUGGACUGACCAAAACCACAUCUGCCCAGGGCAUCAUGGAAAUCCAGAACAAAAGGCGUCCCUGGAAGCACAGGGUCCAGGUGUCAGUGUGAGAAAUUGGCCAUGACCGUUUUCUUUGCCUUCUAUGGAUGUAGUGAAUUGGAAUUCCAGGAUAAUGUGUGCAAUGCAGUAUCUAGUGUUUGCAAAAUUAUCUAUGCAGCCAGAAUAAAGUUUGUUUCUUGUGCCAAA